AUGUUCUGGGGAACCUGCUUCGCCUCUUCCCGGUCUUACGUUGUGGAGCUCGGGCGGAAUCAGAGCCUGCCUCUCGGACUCGGAGGCUCUGAUGAGCGCCACUCAUUUUAUGGAUACAUCAUCGCCUUUCCCUUACAGGACUACGGCGGGAUCAUGUCCGCUUUGGGCUCGGAGUCCUGGUGGAAGAAAACACUGUAUGUCACGGGCGGUGCUCUCCUUGCUGCCGCUGCCUACCUUCUACACGAGCUACUGUCCAUCAGAAAAGAGGUGGAGAUGGACUCGAAAGAUGCCAUCAUCUUGCACCAGUUCUCCCGUCCAAAGAGCGGAGUGCCCAGUCUCUCUCCCUUCUGUCUCAAGAUGGAGACCUUCCUGCGCAUGAUGGACCUUCCCUACCAGAACUACUUUGAUGGGAAGCUCUCCCCUCAAGGUAAGAUGCCCUGGAUUGAGUACAACCGGCAGCAGGUGUCUGGAACGGAGUUCAUUAUCGACUUCCUGGAGGACAACCUGGGGGCGAACCUCAACAAGAGCCUGAGCGAGCAGGAAAAGGCAGUGGCUCGUGCCAUUACCAAGAUGGUGGAGGAGCAUCUCUACUGGACUAUUGCCUACUGCCAGUGGGUGGACAACCUGGAGGAGACUCAGAAGAUGCUGGCCAUCACGGGUCCCCUGAGCGAGCUGCAGAAGUGGAUCAUCAGCCAUGUGACCGGCAGCAUCGUCAAGAAGGAGAUGUACGGCCACGGCAUCGGCCGCUUCUCCAAGGACGAGGUCUACACACUCAUGGAGAAAGACAUGAGGGCGCUGGCCAUGCUGCUCGGUGAUAAGAAGUACAUCAUGGGGCCCAAGCUGACCACAGUGGACGCCACCGUGUUUGGGCACCUGGCACAGGCCAUGUGGAGCCUGCCUGGCACACGCCCGGAGCAGCUCAUCAAAGGAGAGCUGAUCAACCUGGCCAUGUACUGUGAGCGGAUGCGGCGCCGGUUCUGGCCCGAGUGGUUUGUGGACCCGGAGGACUGGUGCUACACGGGAGAGGACAGCGAGAGCGGCCGGUCCUCCCCCGCCUGCCUGCUGGACUUCGGGCUUUUCUCACGGACAGACACGCUGGAGGAGAGCGACGGGAGCAGCGCGAGCAGCCGCUCCGACCCUCGCCCACACUCGCACACACAACUAUGCGCCAAGGUGGACACACAAACACACUCGCCGGCCAGCGACCGCUCGGGACGCUCGCUCUUCGACUCGGACAUGGACUCGGACAGUGGGUCGGAUGUGGAGCAAAAACAGGAAGUGUUGUACCCUGACCUUUGA